AUGGCUAGCCCCACGGAUAAUAAUGAGGGCUUCUUCUCAGAUGUCAGGAAGGUGGGUUACUUGCGCAAACCCAAGAGCAUGCAUAAACGCUUCUUCGUGCUGAGGGCAGCCAGCGAGUCAGGACCUGCCCGGCUGGAGUACUAUGAGAAUGAGAAGAAAUGGAGACAUAAGUCAGGAGCCCCCAAGCGUUCCAUCCCACUGGAGAGCUGUUUCAACAUCAACAAACGGGCAGACUCCAAGAACAAGCACCUGGUGGCCCUCUAUACCAAGGACGAGCACUUUGCCAUUGCAGCUGACAGCGAGCCUGAGCAGGAGAGCUGGUACCAAGCCUUGCUGCAGUUGCACAAUCGGGCCAAAGGCCACCACCACCUCCAUCAUCAUCGUCACCACCACCACCACAGUGAUGUCUCCUUUGGGGGUGGCAGUGCAGGGCUGGGGGAGGCAGGUGACGAUAGCUAUGGCGAGGUGGUCCCUGGCCCGGCUUUCAAGGAGGUUUGGCAAGUGAUCCUGAAACCUAAAGGUCUGGGCCAGACCAAGAACCUGAUCGGCAUCUACCGCCUGUGCCUGACCAACAAAACCAUCAGCUUUGUGAAGCUGAACUCAGAUGCAGCUGCUGUGGUACUGCAGCUGCUCAACAUCCGCCGCUGUGGCCACUCAGAGAACUUCUUUUUCAUAGAGGUUGGGCGUUCAGCGGUGACUGGGCCUGGUGAGUUCUGGAUGCAGGUGGAUGAUUCAGUGGUGGCACAGAACAUGCAUGAGACCAUCCUGGAAGCCAUGCGGGCCAUGAGUGAGGAAUUCCGGCCCCGCAGCAAGAGCCAGUCCUCUUCCAACUGCUCCAAUCCCAUCUCUGUGCCCCUCCGCAGCAGACACCAUGUCAACAACCCCCCACCCAGCCAGGUGGGGCUCAGUCGCAGGUCCAGGACUGAGAGUGUGACUGCUACCUCCCCUGCUGGGGGUGGUGGUGGUGGAGGAGGAGGAACAGGGGGCAAACCCAGCUCUUUCCGAGUCCGAGCCUCUAGUGAUGGGGAAGGAACUAUGUCCAGGCCUGCCUCUGUGGAUGGCAGCCCAGUAAGUCCCAGUGCCAACCGGACCCACUCACAUCGGCACCGUGGCAACUCCAGGCUUCACCCUCCACUCAACCACAGUCGCUCCAUCCCAAUGCCUUCUUCACGCUGUUCCCCUUCAGCCACCAGCCCAGUCAGCCUGUCAUCCAGCAGCACCAGUGGCCAUGGCUCCACCUCAGACUGCCUCUUCCCACGCAGGUCCAGUGCUUCGGUAUCAGGCUCCCCCAGUGAUGGUGGUUUCAUCUCCUCGGACGAAUAUGGCUCCAGCCCCUGCGAUUUCCGCAGCUCUUUUCGCAGUGUGACUCCAGACUCUCUGGGUCACACCCCGCCAGCACGGGGGGAUGAGGAGCUCAACAAUUACAUUUGUAUGGGGGGCAAGGCUGCCUUGUCCUGCAGCUUGGCAGCUCCCAAUGGCCACUUCAUCCCUCGCAGUUGCCACCCACAGCAUCAGCAGUGCCGCUAUCCUGGCACCCCAUGCUGCCCCCGGAGUGGUGGAGAGGAGGUAACUGACCUGGAGAAGGGCUUCAGGAAGCGGACUCACUCUGCAGGCACCUCACCCACCAUCUCCCACCAGAAGACACCCUCACAGUCUUCAGUGGCCUCCAUUGAGGAGUACACGGAAAUGCUGCCUUCCUACCCUUGUGGUGGCAACCGGCUGCCCUCCUACCGGCACUCUGCCUUUGUGCCCACUCACUCCUAUCCUGAGGAGCAUUUGGAGAUGCACCACUUGGAGGGCAACCACCACCGGACCAACUCCACCCCACACACUGAUGAAGGCUACAUGCCAAUGUCGCCUGGGGUGGCCCCUGUGCCCAGCAGUGGUGGCACUCCCAAAGGUGGUGACUAUAUGCCCAUGAGCCCCAAGAGUGUGUCAGCCCCACAGCAGAUCAUCAACCCUGGCAGGGGGGGUCGCCACGCCCAAGCCAUGGUGGACUCCAAUGGGUACAUGAUGAUGUCCCCUAGUGGCAGCUGUUCGCCUGACGGUGGUCCCGCCGGCUAUGGCAAAAUGUGGACUAAUGGGGCUGGCCACCACCCAAAGCUCUCGGUAGAGAGCAGCGAAGGGAAGCUCCCAUGCAGCGGCAGUGACUACAUCAACAUGUCCCCAGCCAGCGGCUCCGCCACCAGCACCCCCCCGGACUGCUACUUCGCCAGCUCGGAGCCGCCGGGCCCGGAGGAGGCCUCGGCGCAGGGCCCGGCCGAGCCCCCACACAAGCCCAUCUACUCCUACUUCUCCCUGCCGCGCUCCUUCAAACACGUGCAGCGCAGGGCAGCGGAGGACAGCGGCCCCCAGCUGCGCAUCUCCCUCAGCUCCGGCCGCUUGCUCUACGCCGCGGAGGACUCGUCCUCUUCCACCAGCAGCGACAGCCUCGGGGGAGGCGGGGGCCAAGAGGGCGCCGGAGGUCCCUACCAGGCGCAGCCCCCGCAGCAGCAGCCUACCCGUCAGGCGGCCGCGCAGAGCAGGAGCCGUCUGACCAGACCCACCCGCUUGUCCCUGGACGGCCCCAAGGCCAGCACCCUGCCGCGGGCGCGGGAGCAGCCCCCACUGCUGCUGCCGCCGGAGCCCAAGAGCCCCGGCGAGUACGUGAACAUUGAGUUCGUGGCCAGUGACAAGCCGGCUUUCCCGUCGGCCGCGCGGCCCCGAGGGGAUGAAGGCUCCGAGUACAUGAACAUGGAGCUGGGGCCGCCGCGGGCUGCCUGCCAAGCCGGCUUCGCAGCCGUACGGGCGGCAGCUGCGGCCCGGCCAGGCCGAGGAGCUGCUGCCCUCAGCAGCCGGGACUAUGUGACUAUGGAACAGGGGGGUGGUGUCGGGGGGCCCUGCCCGGGCUGCGCCGACCCCCCGUCCCCCGCGCUCUUGCUCAACUACGCCGACAUGCGGACGGGCCGCGGCGUCCCGGAGAACCCCCCUGCUGCCCCUGCCUCCGCCCAGGCGCAGCCGCCGGCCGAACUGGCAGCGGCGCCACCGCGCUCCUCCUCCCUGAUGGGAGGCCCGGGGGUGAACAGCGCCUUCACCCGCGUCAGCCUCAGCCCCAGCCCCGGCCGCAAUCAGAGCGCCAAAGUGAUCCGCGCCGACCCGCAGGGGGGCCGCCGGCGGCACAGCUCCGAGACUUUCUCCUCCACCCCCAGCAACGCCCGCGGCACGGCGGGCAGCGGCGGCCUCAACGCGCCCUUGCUCUACGGGGCGGGUGGUGCGGGGGGCGCGGAGGAGGUGAAACGCCACAGCUCGGCCUCCUUCGAGAACGUCUGGCUCCGGCCUGCCUCGGGGGAGCUGGGGGCAGCCGCCAGGAGGGAGCAGCAGCCCCUCGGGGCCGGGGGUGGCUUUGAGAACGGACUCAACUACAUCGACCUGGACUUAGUGAAGGAUUUUAAUCAGCGUCGCCAACACCCCCACCACCCCCAGGAGGGCACCUCUGUGCUGGGGGGGAGGCAGCCGCCGCCGCCCAAAGCCCCUAAUCAGCCUUGUGGGAGUAGCCACUCUAGCGAUGAUUUGAGUGCAUAUGCCAGCAUCAGCUUCCAGAGGCGGGAGGACGUCUAA